AUGAGUUUUAUUCGCUUGUUUCUGACGACUGGAUUGGCGACGGCGACGGCAUCGGUAGGCCUGUGCGUCGGGUACGGCGUCGCGCUCGGACCACCUUCGGGAAAUUGUUGUUGUUCUCGUCGUGAUGAGAGCACAAAAAAGAAGACACCGUCGAAAGCAUCAUCGGUCGAAACGUACGACAAAUUGGCGAAAACGUUUGACGACGAAUUGAACUUUCACGAGUUUUUCACCGGCAUUGAUUUCUUGCGCACGCGUUUAGUUCGGAGAGCAAAGAAAGGAGACGUGUUGGAAGCGGCGUGUGGAACUGGGCGGAAUUUGAACAAGUAUCCGUUUGGGGAGAAGAUGUUGAAGCGCGUGGUGUUGACGGACGCGUCGGGGGCGAUGGUGAAGGAAACGAGAGAGAAAAUUUUUCUUCAUUCGCGGGUAGGUAACGAUGGAACAACUGAAAUCAAAGCAGAAGUGGACGACGCGACGCGGAUGAAACAGAAAUCGAACAGUUUUGAUUACGUCGUGAUGACGUUUGGACUUUGCUCCACGGCGAAUCCAGGGAAGGUUGUGAAGGAGCUCGCGAGGGUGACGAAACCAAACGGCGAGAUAUUGAUGUUGGAACACGGACGUCCCCCAGAAGGAAGCGUGCACGACUAUUGGCUCUCGAACAUCUUAGACGCGCACGUUGAUAUGCACGAAAAGAAGUGGGGAUGCGCUUGGAAUAAGGACAUAGAAAAGAUAGUCAGGGAGAGCGUAGGAGAUACUUGCGACGUGGUUACGUUCGAUCGAUGGCAUUUUGGAACAACCUCGUACAUAGUGUUAAGGAAGCGAGAAUUGUAG